UUCCUCCCGCUCACUCCGCUCCCGUUCCCGCUGCCCCGCUCCCGCUGCUCCCUCCCUUCCCUCCCCCUCCCCACCGGCAGCCGCGGGCGUCUGAAGUCGGGAGCCUCCCUGCUCCCGCUGCUGCUCCCGCAUGGAGUCGCCCGCCUGAGGGACGUCCCGCCGCCGCCCCGCCCUCGCUCCAGGUGAUGCCGGUGACCGGGGUGACGGUGCCGCCGGCGGGGCGGCGGCGGCCGCAGCUGCUGAUGGAGGAGGCGGAGGCGAUGAUGAUGAWGAWGAUGAUGAUGGGCUCCGCCGCCCGGCCCUGCCCCUGAGCGGCGGGGAAGUGUCAGCGGCCGGCUCCCCUCCUCCCCCGAGAUCGCCCGGCUGCCCCCGGCCGCCGCCUCCCCCACUCCGUCCUCGAUGUCUCCACCGCAGCGCGGAGCUCCGUUCGCCGCCUCCCCGCCCUCUCGCUCCUCGCCGCCGCCGUCUCCCUCCCGCCCCGCGGUCCGGCGGCGGCACCAUGAAGGUGGAAGCGGGGGACAACUCCAUGAUCAACCUGUCGGUGCAGCAAGUGCUGAGCCUGUGGGCUCACGGCACCGUCCUCCGCAGCCUCACGGAGAUGUGGUACUGGGUUUUCCUCUGGGCUCUCUUCUCCUCUCUSUUUGUCCAUGGUGCUGUGGGAGUGUUAAUGUUUGUGAUGCUGCAGAGGCAUAGGCAGGGGAGGCUGAUUUCUGUCAUUGUGGUCAGCAUUGGAUUUCUGGGUUCUAUAACUGGAGCAAUGAUAACCAGUGCUGCAGUAGCUGGAAUUUACAGAGUAGCAGGAAAGAAUAUGGCUCCCCUAGAAGCUCUUGUCUUUGGUGUUGGACAGACAGUACUGACAUUAAUUAUCUCAUUCUCAAGAAUUCUUGCAACGCUUUGAGACUUAUGUAGAAAGAGGGGAGAGAAAAAAAAAAAAAAAUCUUUAAUCCGAAGAAAAGCUUCCUGMAAGUGGAUUCCUCAUCUUAUGAACUCGAAUUGUCGUGCGAGAGGAAGGAAGCGAUGUGGAAAGUGCACUACAAAUGUCGGGGCUCAGUCAAAUGAGAGGCUGUCCUCUAGCGCUGGAACUGCUGCUCUCCUGCACUGCGCCUUACGCGCCUCUGUCACSGGCGAGGGGGGAUCCCUGUGAGCCAAGAGGAGAUGAAUUCUUGGAGUAAUAAGAAUUAUUCCUGGAGCAGCUGCCAAGGGAGGUCCACGCUUGACGAUGSGAUUCUGUCCUUAACACGUUGUAGUGAAAAAGAGGGGCUGUCCUGAAAAGUUACUCUGUGUGCCAAACUURGGGAUGGAUUCUGAGCGGGUGGCUGGGUAAGCUCUGGAAUGUAGAAGAAUUCUGUGAAUGUGCGGAGUUCGCCGUGAAAUCAGGUGAAAUAGCAAGGUAACUGACUUUGUGUGUUGGCAGAAUCUCUUUGAAUGAUGAAUAUUCUUGUUCAGCAUUCAAAACAACUGUUAGGUGUGUUGCAAAAUGUGGAUGAAUUUUGAUGGGGUUUAAGAACCACAGCUUUAACAACCCUGAUAUAAUUAGCACUAUGUCAAGAAUGGCUCGUGGCAGUUUUCUUCUUCAGCACAUUUCUCUGUGAUUUUAGCCCGUCAGAAAUCAGGAGUUUAGGGAGACUGUCUGAAGGUUGCUAAGUACAAUCUGUUGUGUAUGCACAAACAAAUCUUAAAUUAAUGUUUUCCUCAAAAUUAUUUUGUCUUAAACACACAGAUGGUUACCAGCCCUUCUGCAAACCUGAGAAAGGGUACUCUCUAUAUUUAAUAAACUCCCUAUAUUUAAUUAAGCACUGGUAGGACCCUUACCCCUAUAUGUGUUCUGUAAGGAGCACACAAAUGUAACAAACUCUCAGAAAAUACACCUGUGAGGGAAAUGGAGAGGAGUAACAAUAUGAUAUGUUGGUUUUCUACUGAACAAAAAUAUUAAGUUUAAUAAAAUAGAUACCAUCUCCAAAAAUUUGUAAGUGGAGCAGCACUAAUGUAUUUACUACCUUGYUUCUGAACACUUUGUAACUUUGGAAAGAUUAAGGUACCUGGAACUUUSAAAUGCUUAGCUUUCAGUAGUUUGUGCUUUUCUAGUUUAAAAGGGACAGAGUGGUGUUGUGCAUGUGAAAUGUCUUUAAUGUGAGUGUUUGGAGUAAAGAGAAAUUUUAAGUCUAAUGACUAAUUAUUUAUGAAAUACAAAAUUGAAAAGGCAUAAAGUUCCAUGAGGAAUAAGGAAUUUUUUUUUGUCUUUUCUCCACUGAAUGCUUUUCAGCAGUUUUCUCUUAAUGCUGAUGUGGGGGAUGAAAUCACUCAAAAGUUUUGCUGUUAUGAUGUCAAAAAAACUUUCAGGACUGUUUCAAACACUGGCACCUACUGCACAGUUAAAAGAAGAUGUUUAAAAUAUAUCUUGCAAUCCAGUCAGUGCUUAGUGCUUCAAAAUAUAAUUCACCUGUCUGCCUUUAUCUUAUUCCACAUACAUUUCUUUGAAGUACUAAGAAUGCUAAUACUUUUUGUUUUCUUUAAAAGCAUUAAAAUCUUGUUUAAAAACUGUACAAAAUUAUGGGCUUUGAAGGGAACAAGUUAAUAUAUAGGUUUAUAAACAUUUUCAGUGUUAUUUUUACUUUUAAUUGCUUUAAAAAUGUGGCUGAAUACAUAUGCUCUCACUGUUUUUGAAUGUCUUCACAAACUGAUUACAU